CAAGCCAGCAGUCCCAGGAUGUAAACAAACCAGCACGUGGCUUUCAUGGUGAGAGUGGCAGUGUGGUGGCAGUCAGACCUAAUAACCCCACGCUUGCCAUUACCUCACAAGACAUUGGUAGGGUCGGUACAGACCACUAGCCUGUCACAGCCCAUCUACAAGAACAAGGAGUGCAAGACGUGGCGGGUACGUGUAUCAGCCUUCCCAGAGACAUUCGAGGGUUCUGCAGCGUUCAGGACACUUUGUCAAGCUUAUUAUACAGAAGUGAUUAAAAAUGGGUAGAAAAAUCCCCAGAAAGAAGCACCGAGGGGUAAAGGACCCGUACAAACAACAAGAAGAACGCUUUAAUAAGAUAAAAAACAAGCUCAAUGCUAAGCCGGAGUCCACAGAGUCUCAGGAAAUACCAAGGCGCCUGCAGAACAUUGCCAAGUUCAACAGUGUCAUCAGCAGGAAGGGUUUGCCCAUGAAGAAGAGGAAGAAAGAGAAAUUGAAAAAUAAUACUCUUAUUGAUGGCAGAAAGUAUGUUGAUCGUGAGAAAGAACUCCCAGGCAUGACUCGUCCCACAAAGUUGGUGCCAUUGCUGCAGCAACACCCAAAGGAGACCUAUAAGAAAUUCCUGAAGAGAGUUGACAGAGUGACACAUGAGAUAAUUAAGGAAGCUGAUUUUGAGAAGAAGUUCAAAGUAGAGGUGAAGCGUGAUGAGCGAGGUCAGGUUGUCGCUGUCCAGCACCAAGAGAAGAUUGACCCGCUGCUGUCUGACAAGCAAAAGGAAGACCUUGUUGAGCGAGAGGAGAAAAAGAAGGCAGCGAGACGAGAAAGAGAUAAGCGCAGACGAGGUAAGAAGAGAAAAAAUGAUGGGGACGAUGACGAUGAUGAAUUUUCUUAUUAUCAAGACAAGUUUGAAUUUGGAGAAGUAGUGUAUGAGCCUCCCAGCCUUGACACCGAGAAACUCACGAGGAAGAUGAACAGGAAUGAGGAGAAGUCGAGGUCAUUUUUGUUUAUGGAGAAGCUGAAGGAAAAACAAGAUGAAAGUUCACCCUCCAAUAAGCCCAGCAAGAAAGCAGCCAAGAUCCCUGCUGGGAGACGCAGGAUACUUGAGGAGGAACGGCAGAGGGUGGUGGAGGCAUACCGCAGCAUGAAGGCCUCCAAGCAUUCCCUCACUCAACAGUCCACCAUGUGAUGUGAUGCCACCUUGCACAGAUCUUGUAUGGUGAUUCUCUCCUGCAAAAGAUGUUAAUAAACUGUCAUAUGAAGUGUA